GUGGCGGUGAGAGGGAUGUUGGUAUAGGCGCAAAUCACCACGGCGUGGCCGGGCGGGACACUAAAGCGCGGCUGCCAUUCGCAGGGCAGGCAGCGGCGUGACUGCUCGCUGAUGCGUGUCAUGGCCAGCAGGCCGUUCUGCCGCAGCAAGCGGUGCAUUUGCAUUUGCAGUCGCGUUUGGCAUGCAGCCCCGAGCUGCAGCUUGGGCGGUGGUAGGUGGGUGCGGUGCCCGUUUUCGCGUGGGCAGCGAGAAGCACCCUGCAGCGAGUGCAGCAGCGCAGAGGCACAGACAGCCCGUGGUCUCCAAAUAGACACGGCGCCCACCCCGGCGGUGGCGCACAAUGUGAACACAUGUUUCGAGGCAGCACACUGGCACUGGCACUGGCAAUGGCAAUGGCAAUGGCAAUGGCCGCGUGCAGUAUCGAGAUUGAGAAGCUCGUCGCGGCCUGCCUGGCGCUGGCCACACUAGCCGCUGUCGCUAACCGACCUGCAGCGCGGCAGACAGACUCGAAGGGCUGCGCCGUUCCUCAUCUGCACCGCAUGGCCAGCAUGCUGCAACGUCCUGCUGCACCUCCGUGGAUCUAGCCGAACUUGCAACGUGCACGUCUGCUACGGAGGUACUGUGCAGCUCUUUGCCGCUGCGUGGAUCAUACCGCUUGGAGCGCGCCGUGGCCCGGCUCGCUCUCGACCUUCCUCUCCCGCGC